AUGGCCAACCUAGCGUCGACGUACAGGAAUCAAGGCCACUGGGAAGAUGCUGAGAAGCUGGAAGUGCCGGUUGUAGAGAUGAGGAAGAGGAUACUUGGCAGCGAGCAUCCUGAUACGCUGGCUAGUAUGCUUAACCUGGCGUCAACCAUGGGCAACCUAGCUUCGACGUACUGGAACCAAGGGCGGUGGGGCAAGGCGGAAGAGCUAGAGGUGCAAGUAAUAGAGACAAGGAAGAGAGUGCUUGGCGACGAGCAUCCUGACACGCUGAGCAGCAUCGCCAACCUGGCGUCAACGUACUGGAAUCAAGGGCGGUGGAAAGAGGCAGAAGAGCUGGAGGUGCAAGUGAUGGAGACAAGGAAGAGAGUGCUUGGCGACGAGCAUCCUGACACGCUGACUAGCAUCGCCAACCUGGCGUCAACGUACUAG